CAUGGAUAACUAACUGUAGCAUGGUUACAGCACAUAGUAUGGAUUCGGUACCAGUGUCCGGAACAGUUCUUGUGUGGCAUGGAGGGAACCCAUGUGGCUGAUGGUUCCAACGUUCCACAAGACGAACUGUAUGACGUGCACAUCCGAGGUCAUGACGGCACGAUAAUCUCGGAGCUGCUCAUUAAGAGGCCACUAGACCCUGACAGUGAAGGGAUCUACCAGUGUGAGGCAUGGCCACAUAUUCACAACGGGGGUUAUCCUUUUGGACCCUACCCUCCUUACACCCCGCCGAGGUCUGACGUGUUCAUCAUCGGCAGCAACUCACUGCUAGAGAACUGCUACCACAUCUGUGGCUUCACUCCGGCCACCAACAAACUCGGGGGCUUGAACAACAAACAGAGCGUCACCAACAACGACAAGGACACCAACGUGAAGCAGAAUCUCGUUUUUAAACCGCGCAGAAAUGUCACUGAGAGCAGAAAAGACUCUAAUUCGAAACAGUUGCGGUAUAAUCUCAAAUACAUAGAUAAUACACUUUAUAAUGUAGACGGCGUGAAUGUCACCGCAGAGUAUUUCCGUCCGAGUAAAGACAACCCAUUCAAUUUGAGCAGGCUUUCCUAACAAUGAACAAAAGGGUGUCGUUCAGAAAUAUCAAAAUAAUUAUUCAACUUCUGUAUUCGAUUUUACGGGCAGAAGUAAUGAUAAAUUUAGAGAUAUAGUGCCAAAGUUUAAUUCAAGAAAAGGAAGAAUAUCAAACCCACAUGUCAAUGCAUCCAUUGAUAAUCAGGAAAACAGAAGUCUAAUAGACUUGGUGUGAGUUGCAUUGUAUAUUCUCCUAACUGAUUAUUUGUACUGUAUAAUUUAAUACCAAUAUUUAAUAUUCCUUUUUUAUUAGGUUUUUAACCCUUAUAACGUCACAGACGCCGUAUGGCGCAUAGACAAACUAUCUCCAAACGGCAAAGACGCGGUACGGCGC